AGGCAAUUGAGCGCAGCGUUGUGAAGCUGUCCACAGCUUCCGCAGUGCAGGUUCGAUUCCGGCCAGCUGGGGAGAUACCCCCAUGGCGCGGCAGACCUCUCCUGUCUCGCCCGCCCUCCCUUUAGCAGUGUAUUUCGGUCCUUCUGCCUGUUUUGUUCCCCGCUCUGUCUCUGGUGGAUCCGCUCACCCUACUGCACAUCUGGCCUGUACCCCAGUUCUUGUAUGCGUGAAUAAAUAAAACAUCCCGAAUUUUGACUUAUUGCCUAUGGUUCACAUUCCCAGAAAUAAUGUCACAUUCUGUGUUUCUGGUGUCAAUUCCCAGGAUUAUGACAACUUUCUACCACAUCCGGGAUGUUCACAUUCUAGAUCUUGGCACUGGAGAGUCAUUUUGACAGGAAUACUUCAGGAGAAGCAGGAAAAAAAGGAAAUAGAUGUUUGGGAGGAGUAAAUGGAAGCAUGUCAGAACAGCAGAGGGGAAAAAAAAAAAACACCACACUGGGAAGUGAAGAGGACUCUUCAGGGUUCCCCUUAGUAGACUGUCCUGGGAGAAGAGGCUGGAUAACAUGCUCAGGAUGGGCCAGGAUUCCUAAUCCAUCAUCAACUCAGAGGCAGACAGGUUGCAUCCCCCUGUGCUGCACAGCCAUGACGACCGCCAUCUUGGAACGCCUGAGCACCCUAUCUGUCAGUGGGCAGCAGCUGCGGCGCCUGCCCAAGAUCCUGGAGGAUGGGCUCCCCAAAAUGCCAUGCACCGUCCCCGAGACAGACGUGCCCCAGCUCUUCCGGGAGCCUUAUAUCCACACUGGCUACCGCCCCACGGGACACGAGUGGCGCUACUACUUCUUCAGUCUUUUUCAGAAACACAAUGAGGUGGUCAACGUCUGGACCCACUUGCUGGCUGCUCUGGCCGUCCUCCUGCGAUUCUGGGCUUUUGCUGAGGCCCAGCCCUUACCUUGGGCCUCUACCCACUCCCUGCCCUUGCUCCUCUUUAUCUUGUCCUCCAUCACUUACCUCACCUGUAGCCUUCUGGCCCACUUGCUGCAGUCCAAGUCAGAGCUCUCCCACUACACUUUCUACUUUGUGGACUAUGUUGGUGUGAGUAUUUACCAGUAUGGCAGUGCCUUGGCCCACUACUUCUACAGCUCUGACCAGGCCUGGUAUGAGCGGUUUUGGCUUUUCUUCUUGCCAGCUGCUGCCUUCUGUGGCUGGUUAUCUUGUGCUGGCUGUUGCUAUGCCAAGUACCGUUACCGGAGGCCUUACCCAGUCAUGAGAAAGAUCUGUCAGGUGGUGCCAGCAGGGCUGGCCUUUGUCCUAGACAUCAGCCCCGUGGCUCACCGUGUGGCCCUGUGCCACCUGGCUGGCUGCCAGGAGCAGGCAGCCUGGUACCACACCCUCCAGAUCCUCUUCUUCCUGGUCAGCGCCUACUUCUUCUCCUGUCCGGUUCCUGAGAAGUACUUUCCAGGUUCCUGCGACAUUGUGGGCCACGGGCAUCAGAUCUUCCAUGCCUUCCUGUCAGUGUGCACGCUCUCCCAGCUGGAGGCCAUUCUCCUGGACUAUCAAGGGCGCCAGGAGAUCUUCCUGCAGCGCCACGGUCCCCUGUCUGUCUAUGCAGCUUGUCUCUCCUUCUUCUUCCUGGCCGCCUGCAGUGCAGCCACUGCCGCCCUCCUGAGGCACAAAGUCAAAGUCAGACUGACCAAGAAGGAUUCUUGAGGCUGGCAGGUGAGGUGAGGUGUCGAGGGGAAAACUCAAUAUAAGAAUAGGAAUUGACUUUUUGUUUUCAAGAGUUGGCUUAAAUUACUACAUAUUUCCAAGGAUCUGCUAUGCCUGCAGCACUGGAAAUCCUAAAGGAUUCGUGAGUUUUUAUAAUUGUCAUUAAUAAAAGGAGUAUUCCUUUUCUCUGUCAUCCUAGCCUUACAAGGCACAGGAAAGGAAGGAGCCUUUCACAGAACACUGAGUAAAAGACAACCAUCUUCACACCUGAAAAUUUCAUAGAAUUCUGACCGUGGUCUCUGGGACAAGUCCUAGAGCUGAGGGACAAUGAAAUUGGACUGGAAAAUAAGUAGGUGGCUGGUCCACACUGUAUUGGAAUAACCAUCUUCUUAAUCUGCUGGUAUUUGGUAAUUGACUAUUUGACCCAAUGACCUGAUUUCAUUUGGACUUCAGGUUGCCAGGGUGGAGAAGUCAGAAUCUUCAAAAUGAUUCUGUGAAGCCCUUAGAUGGACAACUCAGUUCAUUUGAUUUCUGGUCCCUCCUCUUAACCCACUCUUAACACUGACCUAUUCUCAGAAUGACAUCUGCCUGUUUGAAAUGCUCUUUUCUCCUACCUGUACCUUGCAUGGUACUCUAGCGGACUAUGAAGCAGCUACACUUCCAGAAAAUGCUUGGAUUCAUGUGAACAUUCAGGAAAGUUCUCUCCUAAACCAAUAGAAAUUAUAUCAGAAAAUACAGUGCCAAGAGCCGGCAGGAGGCCCAGCCAAACACAGAUGCUGUUGGUGUCAAGCCACCCUUCUUUUUCAGACCAGUGGAUAUAAAAUGCACAGGAUGCAGGCUGACUAGAAGUCUGUUAGAGCUGCCUUACAGGCCGGGAGACAUGGAGCUUGCUCCGGGGAAUGUUUUCCAAAUUUGGACCAGCGUGUUCAAGAGCUACUGGUAAAGUGAAUUAGUUCUACGAGUCCUUCUGGGAACAUGAUUCUUUCAGAGGAACCCAAGGUCCAUGCUGCCCCAUGCAGGACCCACAAAGGUACCUGGUUCAGGGCCCUCAGAUAGACAGCUGGGUCUCAACUUAGAGCAGAAACCUCAAAAUAGUCAAGUCCCAUAACAAGUGUGCCUGUGUGCUCACUGCAGGACAUCCCUGAAGUCGUCUUUGGGUCAGAAGGUGAACUGGAGCCAAAAAGCUCCAUUUGGAACAUCGCCCGCCGGCCAGCAGCUUCUAUAGAGGAGGGAGUUUGUGACUGAUGUGUUCUGCCCACACAGCUCGUCUGAGGACCGGCUUCUGCACUAAUCCAGUGAAGGAGGCUGUGUUGACAGUAGGGUCAUGGAAGCCUUCUCCGCAGAGGCUACAUUUCCUAUCAGUAUAAAAUCCCUAAUUACUAAAAAGGGAAGUAGUUUGCUUUCACUCUGAUUUGAUGAACGCUAUUACUAGAUUACCGUCUUGUCUUCAAAUCUUUUUUUUUCUUUCUUUGAGAGAUGUGUAGAUUUUGUGCCUUAUAAAUGGUAAUGUCUGAACACUUACUAUGUGGCCAUGUGAAAAUUUCAGUUUUGGAUUAUGGGAUAGGAAAAAAGAAUUCGGUUUCCAACCAGUAGAUAAAGACACUUCAGAAAACUAGAGUACCAUUGCAUAUCUGUCACACGACUUUUUCAAAUUAUAUUCCCCCAAUCCUAGAAAAUGCUAUUUAACAAAAGUUUUCCUAUAAUCUUUAUAUCGAGAAAGCAUGUCUUGUCAGUUUUCCUGGAUGGAUUUCUAAUGUGACUCCUAAAAUCCCUGAACGUCUGUACUACUCAAGUGUCUUACACAAGCUUCUGGUCUCCAGGCCAAAUUCAUGGCACAUAAAGUAAGCAAAACUGAACUGCAUCGAAAUAAACAAGAGAAUGAAAGAGCUGUGCAUGUACAUUGCAAGUUUCAAAGGCAGACUAGAAAGUGUUUGAAAUGUUUGUAAUGGUGGAUUCAGGAUAUAUUCUUUUAAAAGUGGGAAGGAUAAUGUAAGUCAAGAUCUUACAUCUUGAAUAUAACUAGUGGUCUGAUGGACAGAGAUCUUAAAGCCAAAAGCAGGUUGUUGUUGUUUUGAGAGGCAAAGAGAAAGUAGAGCAGUGAUGUUUAGAUGCAAUGCAGGGACCAGGGCUGGUUGCACAGUGCCCGCAAUCUGUGGUGCAAUAGUGCAGAGAGACUAAACUUUUAGAUAUUGGUCCCAGAAGUGAUUGGAAUUUAAAAAAAAAAAAAAAGGUUCUUCACCAGAGAUAUUUGAGAAGCAUUAAGAUUGGAGACUUUCUCAUUAAAAAUACCAGUAUCUCAUUAGAAAUAUAUAUAAACAAAACCCAGAUGUCUUUUAACUACUGAGAUUCUUGAGGGGUUAAAUACUCCUUUUAAGAUAUGUAAAUUAAUGGGGUCUUGGUAAUGUCAGAUCUAGGUUAUUUAAGAGGAAUAAAUUAAAAAGUAUUUCAUAAAGAAGAUGGUUGUCUUACUCCAUCACAGCCCACAUUUGACAUCUUUCAACCUACUAAAAUGUAAAUGGCUCUACAAAAAACUAAAGUAUCAAUCAUUUACAUUUUGUGAAUGAAAAUUCUGAUGGAGUUGUGUGUGGCCCUACUCAGGGGAGCGGAGGGGAGACAGCAGGACACAACAAAUUGGGGGCAUAUCUGCCCUCUUUUCCUCAUUCCUAGUACUUCCUGACUUGUAUUUACUUAACAGCUAAUGUUAAUGCUUUUCAGAUGUUAGGGUUUCAGUCCCGACUCAGCUGAAAGAACCUUACUCAAUAACUAUUCUCAAUCCUCUACUGAAAACAGUAGGAACCCAGGCCAUGAAAUAAAGAUUGUUCCUGCCUCUGUUGCCCACCUGUUCACAAACUGUACCUUAAAGCUUAGGGUUCGGUUCUUCUGUUGCUGCACUGUAGUUUCAAGUAAGUCCUCCAGAUGGCACUCAAGUUUUACUCAGAACAAGGCAUGGCCUCAGUCUACUAAUUGUGUUGAUCCUAGUGUUUUGCUUGAUUGCUUGACAAAUGGAACUAUUUUCUGUUUAUAUAAAUCUACUUAUAUGAAUGAUCAUUAAACAGAUUUUGUA